CUCCCUUCCUUUGGUCGCUUCUUUCUUCGCUGCGAUGUCCUCUGCGGCAUCUCCAGCGGCUCUCCCUCCAGGAGGGCUGCCAACUUCACCAACGCGACGGAAAUACAGAGCCCAUACGGCCAAUCCAUCGGUCAGACACACACACUGCUGCCAUGCUCUCUGACAAUGUGUGUGUUCCGCUGCAGACAUCUCUGUCCGCUGCUGCAGCGGCAGCCGCCAGCUCGUAUGUGGCGAUUGAGACCGCCCCCCCGCCGAGACCUUUGACACCGGGCCCUCCACACGGCGGCAGACACAACGACAUGUGGGGGCAGGGCGCACCCCGGCUGAAUCUGUCCAGCGACCUCCUCAGCGUCACGAGCAUCGGACAGAACAGACAGACCCUCUCGCCCGCACCGCUGGACCUGUCGGCGGCGUUCAGUUCUCCGCUGGUGCUGUCGUCAAGGCGCAACGACAAGGCGGCGCACUUGCCACACAUCGACCUGGCAUCGCUGUUCCCGGCACACAGCGCCAGCCACGCACUCUCGCCAAUGACCAAGACCAAGACCACCAGGAUGCCGCCGCAGUCACCAUCGAGAGGUGACUGACGAUGGGAUGCAUUCAUGUGUGUCUCCUCCCUCCCUGCAUGCCAUGCCAUGCCGGUUUGGUUUGGUCAUUUAGUGUAUCGUGAGCACCGUGAUCUCCGCACACUUGACGCCCCGUCCCCUUUCCCCUUCCCCCCCGCAUCUCCAGCCGCCAGGACCACCUCGCCCUCCAGCAACACCAGGACUGCGCAAGGGGGAGCAGCAACAGCAACAUCCGCUGCUGCAUCCAGCCCGCCCCCCACCAGCAGCAGCAACGUCGAGAUGGUGGUCGUGGGCGUGCGGCCGCCGCCAAACCCUCCACCAUUUCCACACGGCCAGCCCCAGGGGCGGGCGAGGAGAUAUCACCAGCCUUUGAGACACUGCAAUGUGGAGGCCACCAAGAGCCCGUCGGGUGGCGUCAAGGCUCUGUCUGUCAAGCCCCUAGAGAAGCACAAGGCGGAGAUAUGGGCUUUCGCCAAGUUCAUGGCCCUCUUCAAGAACAAUCCCUUCGACAAGGCGGGCAAGGGUGGGCGGCUUGGCAAGGCGGCCAACAAGCUGUUGCUGCCGCCAGGAGCAGCGGCGGGCAAGAAAGGCAGCGGGGGCCAGGCAGGUUCCGGCGGCAGACCCGACAGGGCGGCGGCUGGCUGGGUCAAAGUGCUGCAGAGCGCGGCCAUGGAGGGCAAGAAAUCCUCGGGGGACUCAAGCACAUCCAGCUCCUCCAACCAGACGCCCGUCUGGGGCUCCUUCCAGAGCAGCCAGGGGGGUCCCGCGGCAGCCAACAAGCCUCCGGGCAUUGCUGUGGGUGUGCUGGAGCAGCCCACGAGCGAGCCAGGCACGCCAGUCGAAAGGGAAGACCAGGACACCGUAUCGUCGUCCGGUCCAGGCUCACGGCAGUCGGUUCAGUCAGAGCACAGGAGCAACAAAGGCUCAAGGACGCCCCCGCCACGUUUCAAGUACUCGGACAUCUCUAUUAGGGAAGACCUCUCGGAGGCCGAUGUGUCUGAUCUUGAAGAGAGGAAUUCUGUGAUUCUGUUUGCGAAGCACCUGCCGAUGGCCUUGUCGAUGAUAAGGGAGGGCAAGACAGCGAGGAGCGACCGCCAUGCGGGAGGAGAAAGCAGUGGCGGCAACGACGAUGUGGACGAGGAGCAGCUGUUCAACAUAUUGGAUCUGCUGCAGACCCACGGGAUCGACGUGCGUCAGAGCCUGUCGGUCUUCACCUCCCAGUGGGACGACGACACACACGCCAGGGGCAGCUUCGUCUCCGACUGGAACGACUGCAUCUCACAGAGGACCUCACUCUACCCACUGGAGGAGGAGGAAGAACAGGGCCAACAACACAACGACAAGGACGAAACCCACGAGGAUGACAAGACCCAAUCGGACGUCGACAGGGAUGCAUUCUUCUACACAGCACGUGAGGGGGGCCUCCCCGCCGCCGAGUCUAACCACCCUCCAGAGGAGCCCGUCCGAGGUGAGCGUCGCAGCUGGGUGCCGCCACCUCCCCUGGUGACCAAGCCUGACCAGGACGGCUCGUCCUCAUCGCCCAAGGACGGCAGCGGCAGUCCGGGGGUGUCUGUGCCAGCAACGCCCCGCCGUCUGCGGGGACAGACCAUCAGCUGGCUGCGAGGAGACACUAUCGGGGUGGGCUCACUCGGCAGAGUCUUCCACGUAGGUACAGAAAUCAAUCUACCGCACACAUGAGUGACAGACAUCCAGGGAGGGAGGGCACUGGGGACGGACAUAACACGGGUCCGCUGUGUUGUGUGCAAUUGUGUGAAGGGUUUGAAUGAGAAGACCGGUGGCACGUUGGCUGUCAAGGAGGUCCUCAUCGACCCCCACAGCGAGGAAGACAAAAUGUUCGCUGAGGUGGGCACGCAGGCAGGCUGGCAGGCCGGCGGACACGCCACAAGACGAGUGAGUCUGUGCGGUUGCGUGUUGUGUGUGUGCAGGCCUUGCAGCACGAGGUGUCGCUGCUUGAAGACCUGCAGCACGAGCACAUCUGUCACUACUAUGGUGGGCCAGCAGGGUUGGACAAAGACACAUUCACAAAGGAAAGUGUGUGUGUGUGUGUGUGUGUAGGGAAGGACAUCAUAGGUGACCGUUUGUAUGUGUAUCUGGAGUACAUGCCGGGCGGCAGUGUGGCGGCGGCCCUGGAGCAGUUUGGGGCCUUCGACGAGUCCCUCAUCGCCACCUACACCAAACAAAUACUCAUGGGACUACAAUAUCUACACAACAAGAACAUCAUACACCGGUGCGUUCGAGUUGGUUGGGCAACGCAACCUGACCUGGGUGUGUCUGUCUUGUGUUGAUGUAUGUGUGUGUGUGUGUGCGUGUGUGUUGGUCCGUCCAUUCAUUCAUUCAGUGACAUCAAGGGUGCCAACAUAUUGAUAGGGCUGCACUGCACCGUCAAGCUGACCGACUUCGGAUGCUCCAAGAGAAGCGAACACUCUAUGGCACAAACCAUGAAGGGCAAGCAACACACAACAAACAAACGACGCCAAAUGAGACAUGGUGCCCCGUGUGUGUGUGUGCAGGCUCGGUGCUGUGGAUGGCGCCCGAGGUGAUGAAGGGCGGCGAGAAGGGCUACGGGCGCAAGGCGGACAUCUGGUCGCUGGGGUGCGUCAUAGUCGAGAUGGCCACCGCACGGCACCCUUGGGAAACGGACACCUUCAAAUUCGACAACGAACUCGCGGCCAUGUUCAAAAUCGCCAUGACACAGGCACGCGUGUGUGUUGCAGACAGACAUUCAUUACAUGGCUCGCUCUCUCUCUCUCUCUGUGUGGGGAGUGUGUGCAAUGCUGCAGGAGACACCGCCCAUUCCGUCUCAUUUGUCAGUGUGUUGCCAGGAUUUCCUCAGCAGGUGUUUCCAGCGUGACCCCGAGGCAAGGCCAGAGGCGGCCGAGCUGCUUGAACACCCAUUCGUACUCUGAACAGCA